AAUUUUUUCGGAUUCAAAUUUUAUUUUAAAUGGCAGCUGCUAUGAAUUUGUACAGUAGUAGCAGAACGUUUCAAGAAUCAGAUUCGUUUGUUGGUAGUGGUGGUGAACUCAUGGACGCGCUUGUACCUUUUAUCAAAAGCGUUUCCGAUUCUCCUCCUUCCGCGUCUGCGUUUCUUCAUCCCGCAGCGACUGCGUCUGCGUUUUCUCUUCCUCCUCUCCCCGGUUAUUACCCGGAUUCAACGUUCUUGACCCAACCGUUUUCAUACGGGUCGGAUCUUCAACAAACCGGAUCGUUAAUCGGACUCAACAACCUCUCUUCUUCUCAAAUCCACCAGAUCCAAUCUCAGAUCCAUCAUCCUCUUCCUCCGACGCAUCACAACAACACUUUCUCGAAUCUUCUCAGCCCAAAGCCGUUACUCAUGAAGCAAUCUGGAGUCGCCGGAUCUUGUUUCGCUUACGGUUCAGGUGUUCCUCCGAAGCCGACGAAGCUUUACAGAGGUGUGAGGCAACGUCACUGGGGUAAAUGGGUGGCUGAGAUCCGUUUGCCGAGGAAUCGAACUCGUCUUUGGCUUGGGACCUUUGACACGGCGGAGGAAGCAGCGUUGGCCUAUGAUAAGGCGGCGUAUAAGCUGCGCGGCGAUUUCGCCCGGCUUAACUUCCCUAACCUACGUCAUAACGGAUCUCACAUCGGAGGCGAUUUCGGUGAAUACAAACCUCUUCACUCCUCAGUCGACGCUAAGCUUGAAGCUAUUUGUAAAAGCAUGGCGGAGACUCAGAAACAGGACAAACCGACGAAAGCAUCGAAGAAACGUGGUUCAUCGGUGACGGAGAAGAAGGUUUCGUCGCCAGAUCUAACGGAGAAAGAAGUCAAGGCGGAGGAAAAAUCGGUCUCGACCGCUGGAUCUCCACCGGUGACGGAGUUUGAAGAGUCCACCGCCGGAUCUUCGCCGUUGUCGGACUUGACGUUCGCUGAUCCGGAGGAGCCGCCGCAGUGGAACGAGACGUUCUCGUUGGAGAAGUUUCCGUCGUACGAGAUCGAUUGGGAUUCGAUUUUAGCUUAGGGGCAAAAUAGGAAUUUCAGCCGCUUGCAAUGGAGUUUUUGUGAAAUUGCAUGACAGGCCUAAGAGUAAUUAAUUAAUUAUGGUUUA